AUGUCUCAACAUUCCAACAACCAAAUGGUCUCUGGUUCCGAUUUCAAUUCGAACAAACCGGACUUGUCUGGUCUCAAGAGCCACAGAAUCAUCGCUACUGUGUUGGAAGGGAAGUCACCAUCAGAUUACGAAACAGCUUGGAGCCCAACUUCUCCUCUUGAUUUCAGGGUUUUCUCCAGUUUUGGGAAUCCUUUUGGUGGGUCUUUCCCUUCGAGGUCGAUCCGGAAAAUGCAUCAGAAGAGCUGGGAUUCUGGUAAAGUAGGCUUGAGUAUCUUGGAUUCUCUUGAUGAUCACCACAUUGAUUCAUCAAGGAUUCUUCUUCCUUCACCGGAUAGUAAAAACAUCAUCUUUGGCUCCUUGAUGAGAAAUGGAAACUAUCCCAAGUGCCACAAACCUCAUGUACAACCAUUUGCCAAAAUCGUCACACAAAAGGUUGAUGUGAUUGAGGUCGGUAGCUCUAACCGGAACAUCGGUGUGAAGAACGAUAAUGCUUGUCAGGUGAUGGAACAAAGAUCAGGAUCACUUGAUGGGGAUAUUGGGAGUGACAUUGAGAUCUCUGAGGACUACACUUGUGUUACUUCUCAUGGUUCUAACCCCAAAAUCACCCAUUUUUACGGUGAUCAGGUUCUGGAGACGGUCGAGCACAAUGGGAUGAAGAAAGGUUGUUGUGGGAACAAGAAAGAGAGCCUUUUUGUAAUUGCUCCUCUUGAGUUGAACACAGCGGAUGAUCUGAUUCGUUCCAGUGACUUCUUGAGCUUCUGCUGGUCUUGUACCAAGAAGUUGGGUAUGGGGAAAGACAUAUACAUGUACAGGUAA